GUCCGGAGAUACUUUCAAUACAAUUCAUUUAGACGUAAGAAUCRAUAGUCCGAUCAACGGUAAUAAGGCUCUGGUCAAUUCUAAUAUAUUGUUUGAAUUUCACUAAAAACUCAUUCCGGCACGCCUGUAUCAGUUAAGCAGUGAUUCUUGGACAGAAAGGUGAGUAGUAGAACUGAUAAGAAUUGUCAUCUAAAUUGGUUUGACGGUUUUUUUUGAUAUUUUACUUCAGUUUGACGGUCGCUCUGAUAAUAACAGCACACAAGAUUCCUUACACAUGCUCAUUAGUAUUACUUCAAUCAAUGAGAUGAACGAUUCUUCAAUCCUCGCGAAGUAUGUCUUUAAUCCUGCCUCGUCKUCUAUCAAGGUGCCUAUUGCCUCGGCUAACAUCCUGUGUGCUGUCUAUGGAUUUGCGGCAAACUCUCUGAUCUUGUAUUUCUUCCAAAAAAACGGAGGAAUCUCACUUACCAAAAGAUUCUCGACUACCUAUCUCUUCAUCCAAAGUCUUGCACUGUCCGACGUCCUUUCGUCUUUGAUCAGCAMUCCUCUUUUUACAGCAGAGAUGUUCCACGAUUUUAUCACGAGUGAACURAAAUGUCAAAUUUCCCGGUACUUUAUAGUAUUUUUCCCAGUUGUGACAGUCAUGAAUUAUGUCUUGAUAGGCACGGAAAAGUACAUGUGCGUAUUUUAUCCAUUUGCUGUACCCAGCAGUCGUACUUGCAGGAGACUAGUGCUGCUGGCAUGGUUGACUGGAGUUGUCCUGACUGUCCUACCAAUUCCUUCUUAUAGUCUCGUUCGUUUUGAUCUCGGAAAUCAACAGUAUUCAUUCACCUGUAAAUACGACAGCUCGGUCAAGUUUAAACGCCAGCUUUUCCUAAGCUUUGUAACGAUUGCAUAUAUAAUUCCAUGUAUUUAUCUUACGAUUACAAGCUUUCGUCUUUUUGCUUUCGUGCGAGGCUUGCGGCGCGUUUCGCCGACUGCAAAUCCCACCGAGGCGCGUAACAAUYAUCGAACAACUAAAGUAAUAAGCUUAUUUGUUUCGUUAAUAGUUGCGUUUAUAACUCCAUAUAUUGCAUGGAUUUGCUAUAGCAGUGCUACCAUGAUUUUAAAGUUUAAGCUGUCAUAUGAAACUGAUUAUUUAGCGAGGAUGAUCAAUGCUUUGUUUGCAUUUGCAAAUGCCAUGGUUGGUCCCACUAUAAUGUUUGUAAAGCAGCCAUUUUUGAGGAGGAAGAUUUCGAAUCUGCUCCUUGGCAUCUUUAGUCAUGAUGAUGUAAGUCCAGUAGUGCUUCCUUCAAUUAGUAAUAAGUCGAAAAAGUCCGAAAAGUYUGAGGUUUAAAAAGCAGACUUUUAAAAACGGCUGAACGUCUCUGUACAUGUUUUUCUGCUAUCGCAUUCGAUUAGAUUGGAUUUGCAGUAGAGCGUAGCAAUAAAUACAUUUUAUCCUUAACAUAGUUUUAAUUUAAUUGUUUUAAAAUACAAACUACGUGAAAGGAUUUUGAAAGCUUUUCUUUAAAUUUCUAGAAAUGUUGUGUAUAAAAAAAUGAUUCUACAUAGGAGUUUGCAAAAAUAUUGAACAUCUACAAACUAUUGUUGAUGAUUGUAACCGGGGAAUAAUUAUUAUUAAACAGRGACAAA